UCACUAGCGGGAAGUGCGGAGAGCGGAUGAGCCAUGAAUGAGCUGUUGACAUUUUUACUGUUACUACUGUGACGUUCAAGAACAAGUCUGGCGAGAGAGGGAAGCGGAUGGCUUUUCUUCCCCUCAUGUUUCCAGUGAGCUCCCCAUGGCUUAAGGAUGAUAGAAACUUAUUUUCCAAAGUGAUGGAACAGCUGCUGGAGGACGACUUUAGCAAGAUUGUUAUAGCAGGACCUGAUCGUGCAGACAAGACGGCCCUAGUGUUCCAAGCAGCGGUGAGCAUGGCUUCCUCAGGGGGCAUGGUCACUCACAUUUGUACACACCCUUUAAAAAAGUUGCCACCUCCCGUGCAUGGAAUGAUGGUGCCAGAACCUACUGUCAUGAGGAAUGUGGACUUUUUGUACCUUGAGAAUGUGAAGAAUCUAGUCCAAUGGUGUGCUGACAUACACACUAAAGCGGAGCUUCCAAGCCUGAUUGUAGUGGAAGACAUCCUUACAUAUGCCUGCCAGAUUGAUGAGAUGAACAUUGAGCGGAGUCUGGCCCGACUCUGUGCCACAAUAUCAGACUCUGUCAGCUGGGUGGCUCAAAACAACAAACUGAGGAGCUGCCUGGUCAUACUGACUGCCCCUGCCAGGCUGACUUCCCUUGAGCAUGUGCUGACUCAGCUUGACUUUCGAGUGGCCACGUACCAAGGUCCUCAAAAAGAAGAAACCAACUCGUGCUUGUCUGUGAGUGGCAGUGGAGCCACCUUGAAAGUCCUCUUCUGUCGUGAGAAAGAAUGUAUCUUGAUGAAAGAUGUCUCUGGGACUGUGCACAACAUUUAGCUGGGUCUUUUUCUUGUGAGACUGAACUGAUAGUGAAUGAUAUGGCUACUACUUAGGGACAGUACUAUAUAUUGUACCGUUUAUGUCUGCUCUGACCUCGGACACAGCAUCUCCAAUGAAAGGUUUGAAGCAGAUUUGUAUUCUUGACAAUGAAAAACUUUUGCUUUCGCUUGAACUAGUCGAAAUAGAUAAUCUCCUUCUUUGUGCCUUUCCCAACUGUCUGGCAGCAGGUGGAUCUGUAUUUGAUAAUGCAGUUGUGAUUCAUUAUGAAAAGAUACAGUCAAACUACUCAAGCCCAUUUUUACCGCCUACCUUGGGAUGAGCAUGGAGUUAUCGGUAGGCCUACAGUGGGGAUGGCAGUACAACAAGGUUUUCAUGUCCUCUAUUAAUUUGUAGCCCCCGACUGCUCGAAGUCAAGGGAACUUGUUUACCAAUCACGAGAUGAAAUAAUGAGUUACAGUCAAAUCUGCCCUGACGGCCACCUCUAUAAGACGGCCACCUGUACAAACGGCCACUUUCCAUUUUCCCCUUGCGUU